AUGGAGCCGCCCUCCCCACAGGACGAGGGCCUGCGGAGGAAGCAGCCCAAGAAGCCAGUCCCUGAGGUCCUGCCCAGGCCACCCCGGGCCUUGCUGUGCCUGUCCCUGCAGAACCCGCUGAGGAAGGCCUGCAUCAGCAUCGUGGAAUGGAAACCCUUCGAGACGAUCAUCCUGCUGACCAUCUUUGCCAACUGCGUGGCCCUGGCCGUGUACGUGCCGAUGCCAGAGGAUGACAGCAACGCGCUCAACGUCGGCCUGGAGAAGCUGGAGUACGUCUUCCUCGCGGUCUUCUCCCUGGAGGCGGCUGUGAAGAUCAUCGCCUACGGCUUCCUCUUCCACCAGGACGCCUACCUGCGCAGCGGCUGGAACGCCAUGGACUUCAUCAUCGUCUUCCUGGGGGUCUUCACCGUGAUCCUGGAGCAGGUCAACGUCAUCCAGAGCAACACGGCGCCCAUGAGCAGCAAGGGGGCCGGCCUGGACGUGAAGGCCCUCAGGGCCUUCCGCGUGCUCCGACCCCUGCGGCUGGUGUCCGGGGUGCCCAGCCUGCAAGUGGUCCUCAACUCCAUCUUCAAGGCCAUGCUGCCCCUGUUCCACAUAGCACUGCUGGUCCUCUUCAUGGUCACCAUCUACGCCAUCAUCGGCCUGGAGCUGUUCAAGGGCAAGAUGCACAAGACCUGCUACUUCACUGGGACGGACAUCGUGGCCACGGUGGAGAACGAGAAGCCAUCGCCCUGUGCCAGGACGGGCUCCGGCCGGCCGUGCACCAUCAACGGCAGCGAGUGCCGGGGUGGCUGGCCGGGGCCCAACCACGGCAUCACCCACUUCGACAACUUCGGCUUCUCCAUGCUGACCGUGUACCAGUGCAUCACCAUGGAGGGCUGGACCGACGUCCUUUACUGGGUCAACGAUGCCAUCGGGAACGAGUGGCCAUGGAUCUACUUUGUCACCCUCAUUCUGCUGGGCUCCUUCUUCAUCCUCAACCUGGUGCUGGGAGUCCUGAGCGGGGAGUUUACCAAGGAACGAGAGAAGGCCAAGUCCAGAGGAACCUUCCAGAAACUCCGGGAGAAGCAGCAGCUGGACGAGGACCUCCGGGGCUACAUGAGCUGGAUCACGCAGGGCGAGGUCAUGGACGACGAAGACUCGCGAGAAGGAAAGCUGUCUCUGGAUGAAGGUGCUUCGGACACUGAGAGCCUUUUUGAGAUCGAGGGUUUGGACAAAGUCAUCCAGUUCGUCCGGCACGGGAGGCGGUGGAACCGCGUCCUUCGCUGGAAAUGCCGCGAAGUGCUGAAGUCCAGGGCCUUCUACUGGCUGGUGAUCCUGAUCGUGGCCCUCAACACCCUGUCCAUAGCCUCCGAGCACCACGCCCAGCCUCUCUGGUUGACCCACCUGCAAGACGUAGCCAACCAGGUGCUGCUGUCCCUCUUCACCGUGGAGAUGCUGAUGAAGAUGUACGGCCUGGGCCUGCGACAGUACCUCAUGUCCCUGUUCAACCGCUUCGACUGCUUCGUGGUGUGCAGCGGCCUGCUGGAGCUGCUGCUCGUGGGCACCGGCGCCAUGAGCCCCCUGGGCAUCUCCGUGCUGCGCUGCAUCCGCCUGCUCAGGAUCUUCAAGGUCACCAAGUACUGGACGUCGCUGAGCAACCUGGUGGCGUCGCUGCUCAACUCCGUGCGCUCCAUCGCCUCGCUGCUGCUGCUGCUCUUCCUGUUCAUCGUCAUCUUCGCCCUGCUGGGCAUGCAGCUCUUCGGCGGCAGGUACGACUUCGAGGACGCCGAGGUGCCCCGCAGCAACUUCGACAGCUUCCCGCAGGCCCUCAUCAGCGUCUUCCAGGUCCUGACCGGCGAAGACUGGAACUCGGUGAUGUACAACGGGAUCAUGGCCUACGGCGGGCCCUCCUACCCCGGGGUGCUCGUGUGCGUUUACUUCAUCAUCCUUUUCGUCUGCGGCAACUACAUCCUGCUCAAUGUCUUCCUGGCCAUCGCAGUGGACAACCUGGCCGAGGCAGAGAGCCUGACCUCUGCCCAGAAGGCCAAGGCCGAGGAGAGAAAACGCAGGAAGAUGUCAAGGGGGCUCCCAGACAAGCCUGAGGAGGACAAGUCGGUGGUGGCCAAGAAGCUGGAACAGAAGCCCAAGGGGGAGGGCAUCCCCACCACGGCCAAGCUGAAAAUCGAUGAGUUUGAGUCGAACGUCAACGAGGUGAAGGACCCCUACCCCUCAGCUGACUUCCCAGGGGACGAUGAAGAAGACGAGCCUGAGAUCCCAGUGAGCCCCCGACCGAGGCCCUUGGCCGAGCUGCAGCUGAAAGAGAAAGCCGUGCCCAUCCCUGAAGCCAGCUCCUUCUUCAUCUUCAGCCCCACCAACAAGAUCCGCGUCCUGUGUCACCGCAUCGUCAACGCCACCUGGUUCACCAACUUCAUCCUGCUGUUCAUCAUGCUCAGCAGUGCCGCGCUGGCCGCCGCANNNNUCCUUGGAGCAGACGGAGGCAAACCUUCCCUCGAGGAGCCCUUCCUGGUCGGGGACAGCCCUGCCCCCAGCCCGUUCCCACCCAGGGCGCCGCUCAUCUCUCCCCAGAUGACGACCUAUGGCGCCUUCCUGCAUAAAGGCUCUUUCUGCCGCAACUACUUCAACAUCCUGGACCUGCUGGUGGUGGCCGUGUCCCUCAUCUCCAUGGGACUCAAGUCCAGCUCCAUCUCCGUGGUGAAGAUUCUGAGGGUGCUGAGGGUGCUCCGACCCCUGCGGGCCAUCAACAGAGCCAAAGGGCUGAAGCACGUGGUGCAGUGCGUGUUCGUGGCCAUCCGCACCAUCGGGAACAUCGUGCUCGUCACCACCCUCCUGCAGUUCAUGUUCGCCUGCAUCGGGGUCCAGCUCUUCAAGGGGAAGUUCUUCAGCUGCAAUGACUUGUCCAAGAUGACGGAGGAGGAGUGCAGGGGCUACUACUACGUGUACAAGGACGAGGACCCCACGCAGGCGGAGCUGCGGCCCCGCGAGUGGAUACACCCCGACUUCCACUUUGACAACGUGCUGUCAGCCAUGAUGUCCCUCUUCACGGUGUCCACCUUCGAGGGGUGGCCGCAGCUACUGUACAAGGCCAUCGACUCGCAUGAGGAGGACAAGGGUCCCGUCUACAACAACCGGGUGGAGGUGGCCGUGUUCUUCAUCGUCUACAUCAUCCUAGUCGCCUUCUUCAUGAUGAACAUCUUCGUGGGCUUCGUCAUCGUCACCUUCCAGGAGCAGGGGGAGACCGAGUACAAGAACUGUGAGCUGGACAAGAACCAGCGCCAAUGUGUGCAGUAUGCCCUGAAGGCCCGCCCGCUGAAGUGCUACAUCCCCAAGAACCCGUACCAGUACCAGGUGUGGUACGUGGUCACCUCCUCCUACUUCGAGUACCUGAUGUUUGCCCUCAUCAUGCUCAACACCGUCUGCCUGGGCAUGCAGCACUACAACCAGUCAGAGCAGAUGAACCACAUCUCAGACAUCCUCAACGUGGCCUUCACCAUCAUCUUCACCCUGGAGAUGGUCCUCAAGCUCGUGGCAUUCAAGGCCAGGGGCUACUUCGGGGACCCCUGGAACGUGUUCGACUUCCUGAUCGUCGUUGGCAGCAUCGUCGACGUCAUCCUCAGUGAGAUCGAUACUUUCCUGGCCUCCAGCGGGGGACUGUAUUGCCUGGGUGGAGGCUGCGGGAACGUUGACCCAGACGAGAGCGCCCGCAUCUCCAGCGCCUUCUUCCGCCUCUUCCGCGUCAUGAGGCUGAUCAAGCUGCUGAGCCGCGCCGAGGGAGUGCGCACGCUGCUGUGGACGUUCAUCAAGUCCUUCCAGGCCCUGCCCUACGUGGCCCUGCUGAUCGUCAUGCUCUUCUUCAUUUACGCGGUCAUCGGCAUGCAGAUGUUCGGAAAGAUCGCCCUGGUGGACGGGACCCAGAUCAAUCGGAACAACAACUUCCAGACCUUCCCGCAGGCUGUGCUGCUGCUCUUCAGGUGUGCGACGGGCGAGGCGUGGCAGGAGAUCCUGCUGGCCUGCAGCUACGGCAAGCUGUGCGACCCCGAGUCGGAGUUCGCCCCCGGCGAGGAGCACUCCUGUGGCACCGGCUUCACCUACUACUACUUCAUCAGCUUCUACAUGCUCUGCGCCUUCCUGAUCAUCAACCUCUUCGUGGCUGUGAUCAUGGACAACUUUGACUACCUCACGCGAGACUGGUCCAUCCUGGGCCCUCACCACCUGGACGAGUUCAAGGCCAUCUGGGCAGAGUACGACCCGGAGGCCAAGGGCCGGAUCAAACACCUGGACGUGGUGACUCUGCUGAGAAGGAUCCAGCCACCUCUGGGCUUUGGGAAGUUCUGCCCCCAUCGGGUGGCGUGUAAGCGCCUCGUGGGCAUGAACAUGCCUCUGAACAGCGACGGCACCGUCACCUUCAACGCCACUCUGUUCGCCCUGGUCCGCACGGCCCUCAGGAUCAAGACGGAAGGUAACUUCGAGCAGGCCAACGAGGAGCUGAGGGCCAUCAUCAAGAAGAUCUGGAAGAGAACCAGCAUGAAGCUCCUGGACCAGGUCAUCCCACCAAUAGGAGAUGACGAGGUGACCGUGGGGAAGUUCUACGCCACGUUUCUGAUCCAGGAGCACUUCCGGAAGUUCAUGAAGCGCCAGGAGGAAUAUUAUGGGUAUCGGCCCAAGAAGGACACCGUACAGAUCCAGGCUGGACUAAGGACGAUCGAGGAGGAGGCGGCCCCCGUGAUCCGCCGGACAAUCUCAGGAGACCUGACUGCUGAGGAGGAGCUGGAGAGGGCCAUGGUGGAGGCCGCGAUGGAGGAGGGGAUCUUCCGGAGGACAGGAGGCCUGUUUGGCCCCAUGGACAACUUCCUGGAAAGGACCAACUCCCUGUCCCCCGCCAUGGCCAGCCAGAGGCCCCUCCAGUUUGCAGAGAUAGAGAUGGAAGAGCUGGAAUCGCCUGUGUUCUUGGAGGACUUCCCUCCAGAUGCCAGAGCCAACCCCCUCGCGCGGGCCAACGCCAACAACGCCAACAACGCCAACAACGCCAACAACGCCAACAACGCCAACGCCAACAACGCCAACGCCGACGCCAACCCCGCCGGCGGCAGCAGCAGCCACGGCAGUCGCCGGCUGUUUUCCAGUGUCCGCCACGUGAGGGAGUCCCCUGGAGAGACGGAGGUGCCCGCUGCCAGAGGAGGAGCCCAGGCUGCGAGCCGGGCUGGGAGGGCGGACGCGGGAGCCUGUCGCGGUGGGGCCCAGCUGGGCCCGGAGUGGGGGAGCUGGCAGGUCCAGCCCCUCAUCCAGGCGGAGGAGCAGGGUGCCCUCCAGCACUCCAGGGCGGAGCCCCCCAGGCCCGAGGCCAGGAGGCCCCCCACGCCGGGGUCUCUGCCGGAGGAUGCCCCCCGCAGCAGCUGGCCCCACGAGCGCCCUUCCAGGUGCCCAGCUCCAGCCACGGCCCUGCUGAUCCAGGAGGCCCUGGUUCGAGGGGGCCUGGAAGCCCUGGCGGCUGAUGCUGGCUUCGUCACGGCCACAGGCCAGGCCCUGGCAGAUGCCUGCCGGAUGGAGCCAGAGGACGUGGAGGUGGCCGCAGCAGAGCUGCUGAGGGGACGAGAAUCCCCCGUGGGCACGGCCAGCGCCCGGGGCGGCCCGAGCCUCAGGUCCUCCCUGGGCAGCCUGGACCAGUGUCAGGGCUCCCAGGAGACCCUAAUCCCACCCGGGCUGUGA